AUCUGGUGUGUGCCUCCAGUGGGGUGGUCGCGCCCUACGUGGCUUCGGCGCCUAUCGCUGCCCUACCUCGCGACAGGGAUGCUCAGGUAUUGUGUGUGCCCGUGCUUCUUCGGCCUGGCGGCUUUCUGUUGGCCCUUCCUACAGGAAGCGUUCCGCCCGCCCUACUUUCAGCAGGGGCCGAGGCAGAGGCAACAGGUAUGCAUGGCCCUUCGACCACACUGGAGGUAGCUGCUGUGGAAGAGGACGAGGACGGGAGCGAGAGGCCCGUCUCGGACUCCCUUUCGGUCCUUCUUGUGGACCUGUCGGACGAGGCCCUGCAAUUUCUAGCUCCCUACGACUCCGAGGCGGGCCUGACUGUGGUGUCUUUCGACCCGGUGCAUCCCGACAGGUUCCCGAGCGCCGAGGACCUGCUCGUCUUGGCUCGGUCGUGGCUGAGGGCUGCGGCUCACGACAGAGCUGCUUUUUACACCGCGGCGGAGGAAGAGAAAGAGCCUCGAGAGGCUCCAGGUGGAGACGCUCCCGUGGAGGCCCCGACCGGCCAGAAGCCUCCAAAGCCGAAGCGGGUCACUACAGGCCAGCUUGCCAACCAGCUGUCAGCCCUCCUGGAGGUCAUGCCGAAGGUGACAGGUCAGUUGGAGCAGCUGGCGUUCAGGCAAGCAGCUCUCGAAGAGCAGGUGAAGGCAGGUGCACAGGUGCCCCAGCCCCCCGUUCCCGUGCUUCAGCAGGCCCCAGGCAUGCCGAGUUCUCUUGCAAAUGUGUUCGGCCCGCCCCCCAAGGUGAGGCACCGCCUGGCCGGCCCUCCUCCUCAGGUUCCUUCUGCGGGCGAUGGUCUUGCCAGGCCUCCGCUGGACUUAGAGACCCCAGGCCAGGCCGAAGGCGAGGUGUCGGCUGCGCUCACGCAGCAGAGCAAUGCUCUCACUAUGCUGGUUACCCACUUGAUCAGCCAGGCCUCCGAGGCCUCGGCCGAUUUCGGAGGAGGUGCUUCAGGGAGUGGCCUGUCUUCAAAAGGCUCGGCUCGAAGGGAGAAGCUGCAAGCCGAGCUCGCCAACUACACGGGGGCCUUUAUGGUAUCUGUGGCUCAGGCCGGGGCUCGGCGCAUGAACCCGACAGCUCCUCCUCCCCGGUCUCUGGCCGAACUUCGCUCCAGCCCUGCCCCUUUUCGUUUUACGGAAUAUGUGGAAAGGUAUGGGGGCUACCAGCAUCAACGCGAGCUGGGCCUGAUCCAGUAUAUGCUGUGCCAGGUCACCGACCUUCUCCUUUCGAGGGAGGUCGACGGGACUCUCGACCUCCUCUCCUUGAUGCAUGUGGCCGUCGAGCAGGCCGCCCAGGACCAUGGCAAGUGGGAGGUAGCUUAUGUGCUGAGUCUUUUCCCCGACCCUCCGGGGCAGGUGUUUCAGAGCCGGUCCUCUGCUCAGAACCCCCGGCUCAAAGCGUGGGCUCCCUUGUGCCCGGCCCCUUGGGCCACGACAGCCCUGGCCUACUUGAAGGAGGCAGAUGCGAUAAUGGCCCGCCGCUCCGAAGCUGUGAGCGUGGCCCAGCCCAAGAAGCCUGCCGACCAAGAGGCCCCUCGUGCUUUGAGCCUUUUCGCAGCCUUGUGGGGUCCCCCCGGGCUCUCCUCUGCUGCCAAUCCUGAUGCCAUUGCGGCCUCCCCUGCUGUGGACUUUCUUUCAAGAAGUGGUCUUUGUCUUUGGCUUUUCGACUUCUUCGCACCAGGCGGCAAGCCUGCCCCUGCCAAUGCUUUGUUCCCGUUGCCGCUGCCUUUCUUUGGCCAGUUCUCGCGGCCGCCCCCGCCUCCUAACGAAGUUCAGCGCAAAGCCCUGCACUAUCUUGGGAGGCUUGUCCUUGCGGUGCAAUCGGAGAGGACCUCACUUACUCAGGGCUGGCCUCCGAUGGCUACGGCCGCCUACGCCAGAGCUGGUAUCAUUGGCUCGGACGACAAGGACGUGCAGGACGAGGACCUGGCUGUUUGCAUGGGCGCUGAAAUCGACAGCUCGCCCGCCACCCGCUCUCUCGGGCUGGCUCUUGUAGGGGCUCCCCGCCAGAAGAGGAUAGCGAUCGCAGCCAUCUCCUUGGAGGUCGCGAGGCUGCCCUGCACCACCGACCACCUCCACCUCAGCCUGUUGGGAGGUUGGACCUCCAUCCUCCUCUAUAAGAGGCCGCUCAUGUCGAUUGUGUCCGAAGCCUACCACCUUGUCGACGCCACCAAGGAGAAGGGAGCCAUUGUUCGGGCCGACCUUGCCCGAGACGCGAGCAGAGUGCUAUGGGGCGCCUCCCUUGGCCCUUCGAGCAGUGCCCGGUUCUUUGAAGAACUUCUUGAGGAUCACCCGAAGCUUGUCGGUGAGUUUGGCUGGAAGAUUGGCCCGGUUCUCUCGCCCCAGCACUCGCCCGAGUACGAUCUAGCCGAAGGCCUCCUACUGGGUGGGCCGACCGGUUUAGGCGCCCUGGGGCAAAGGCCCUGGAAGGCUACAGCGCUUCAGCCUGAGGUCCUUGAGUCGGUUGUCGCUUGGGAGGGAGCCCCCUUUAAAGGCAAGGCCAGGGCGCUUUCCUUUGGAUUUGUCACGGGCCUCUCCUUUCUGCAAGGGGCUUUUGCUGAGGGCCCCUCGGGUUCUACAGGCUGGGGUCGGCUUGCCUUUGCCUUUGAUCGAGUCAUUGCUGCUAGGCUCGAGGCCGUUGAGGCCCACCUCCUCGACACCGAGAACCUCGAGUCUCCUUUGGUCAAUCAGUACGCGCUUGGGCUCACCUGGAAGGUUGCCAAGGCAUGGAGGUGGCCAAGGCCCGUGCACAUAAACCUCCUUGAGACCGCCUGUCUCUACAGGCUGCUGUGCUACCUUGCCCGGCGGGGCGAGCUUGCAAAGCGCUUUUGUGCCUUGUGCGACUCGAACGUGGCAAAGUGCUCGGUCUCCAAAGGCAGAAGCCCCUCGCGAGCUCUGAGACGCGGUCUGAGGCGCAUUGCUGCUGUUGCCACUGCCUUUGGCCUCGCGGUGCAGGUCCCCUUUUGCCCUACCAGGUUGAUGCCAGCGGACCACCCCAGCAGAGAUGCCCCCUUGCCGGAGCCCAUUCCUGGCUUUCUUGGGCCCUCCUGGACUUUGGCCGAAAUCCGCUCGCUAGCCUCGCUCCCUAAGUUGCGCCGGUGGGCCUCGAAUUGGGCCCGGCUGCUCCUCCUCGUGUCUGCGUACAAGCCCCCGCUUCUCUCGCAGCACCGCUUCGCCGGCCUUUCCUUCCGGGCCUUUGUUCCUCCUUGCUUGGACUUUGAUGCCACCCUUGGCUAUCCUGGGGAGGGUCCGGUGGUUUGGUUCUGGGUCCUUCUUCUUUUCGGUUUCAGGGCUAAGGGGGUUAGCUUAGGUGAGAGCCAUGGCCUCCUCCCGCGGAACGCUGCUGACCUCGCUCGACAGGCCAAGAGGGGACGCUCUGUUUUACCUCAAGGCAGGGGUGUUGAACAGAAGACGGAGGCUCGCCGCGAGACACUCUGGGCCGCUUUUCUUGAGUGGCUUGAGGCAACAGGGGUCGACAGCAAGCUCUUCACGCAAACAGAUGGUAUUGUUGAUAUCGACAACAUCAACGCUGUUUUGAGCAAGUAUGGCCGUGAGCUUUAUGCCAACGGCCGCCCCUACUCGCACUUCUCAGAAACCAUCAACGCUUUUGCUGCGAAAACACCUAAGUGCCGGCGUUUGCUGCAGCCUGCUUGGGACACAGCUUUUGGUUGGCGUCGGGCUGAACCCAUCCAGCAUCAUGCUGCUAUGCCGUGGCAGGUCUUAUGCUCGUGUGUUGCCUUGGCUUUUCUGUGGGGAUGGCCUUUGGUUGCUGGGGCUUUGGCGCUAUGCUGGGGUGGGCUUCUCAGGCCAGGGGAGCUCACUUCAGCUUACAGGUCUGACCUCGUGCUCCCAGGUGACAUCGAGUGUUCGAUGCCUUUUGCUUGGUUUUCUAUAAGGGAGCCAAAAACGCGCUACUCGGCGGCAAGGCAUCAGUCGGUCAAGAUCGACCACCCCGACAUCUUGGAUGUGAUUUCCAUCGCCUAUGCUCCUCUCCGUGCAGGCAGUAAGCUUUGGCCUUGUUCUGGCCAAACUCUGCGUACCAGGCUGCGGCAACUCCUUGACGCUCUUAAGAUUCCAGCGGUGCCCACGCAGGGCGCGCGACACCUGGAGCUUGCUUCCCUCCGGGCGGGAGGAGCUUCUUGGAUGAUGCUGGUCUGUGAAGAUCCAGGGCUGGUGCAGAGGCGAGGGCGAUGGCUCAGUGCACGAGUCUUUGAAAUUUACAUACAAGAGGUUGGGACCCUCCAGUUCUUACCGGCGCUACCAGCGGAGGCUCGAUACCGGAUCCGUCGAGCCCUGGAAGAGUACCACAGCCUGGUGCAAGCAGCUCGUUUUUUACAG